AUGAAGGUUGAAGGUGAAAUGGGAGACAGUAGCGGCGGACUGGUGGCGAGGGGUCGGAGUAGCAGUGAAUGCUGCAUAACUCGGCUAUUGAGUGUAGUGGAGAGUGAACUACAGGCGGGCCGUGAGAAGGGAGAUCCUACAGAGAAGCAACUGAAGGUCACCCUGGAGGAUGCAGAUCUUUGGAAGAAAUUCAGAGAAGUUACCAACGAGAUGAUUGUUACCAAGAACGGAAGGAGGAUGUUCCCAGUCCUGAAGGUCAGUGUGUCUGGUCUAGAUCCAAAUGCCAUGUAUUCUUUCUUACUGGACUUCAGCCCAGCCGACGGCCACAGGUGGAAGUAUGUGAACGGAGAGUGGGUUCCGGCGGGAAAGCCAGAACCGCACAGUCACAGCUGCGUCUACAUCCACCCCGACUCCCCGAACUUCGGCGCCCACUGGAUGAAAGCACCUGUGUCCUUCAGCAAAGUCAAGCUCACCAACAAGUUCAACGGAGGAGGACAGAUUAUGCUGAACUCCCUUCAUAAAUACGAGCCCCAGAUCCACAUAGUGCGCGUGGGCGGGAAUCACAGAAUGGUCACUAACAUCUCUUUCACGGACACCCAGUUCAUCGCUGUCACAGCCUACCAGAACGAAGAGAUUACAGCGCUGAAAAUAAAAUAUAACCCCUUUGCAAAAGCAUUCCUGGACGCCAAGGAGAGAAGCCAUCCUAAAAGCCUUCCAGAAUCUCCAUCAGAAAACCAGCACGUAGGCAUACCACACUGUGGUUGGUUCAUUUCCAACACAGAUUCCCUGUGCUCUUCUGGUGGCAGUAAUUUCCCAUACCCUGGAGGACUGCCCCUCACUCCUCAUCCAGGGUACAAGCACUACCCUAGCCUCCAUGGGCACCGCCAUGCCCCUUACCCACCCCCUUACCUCCAUCAUCACCGCAACCACAACUCAGUUUCUCUCACUGAUAGUUUGAGUCCAGGUGCUCUGCAGAUGUUUUCUGGUCAUGAGAGUUGGGCAGGGAUGUCUCCCCAAACUCAUCCCAGUAUGCUUUCAGUGCCACCCACCCCUGCAUCCCCUGGAACCAGCAGUCAGUACCCUUGUUUGUGGACAGUGAGCAGUUGUAAUGUAACCUCCAGUCCACCAGGAGGCAUUGUCUGCUCCACCCAAUCCCAACAGGAUAGUCGAGUUGAAGAAAGCUCCACCUCGCCAUGUUCACUACUGCAGACCCAUGGCCCAACCAGCACAGAGAGUGGAGUGGACCCACCCAAUCCUAACAGGGUGGACGGGGCCAGCUGGUCUGCGGUGUCAACCCACUCCUUUUGA